CUUCCUUGUUCCUCCAGCGAACUCAGAAGUCUGUUAUUCAUGACCGGGACUCUUAUUGGAAUGUGUACACAAAUGUAACAUCUAAAAAGGGAUAUUUUUUCUUCCUGUCCGGACAAAUAUAAGAUCUAAUCAGGAGGAUGAGAAGAAUGAGUGUCUUCCCUCAGAAUGGCACAACUCUGGGAAACCUGGGACUUACUGCGAAUGAAAUCCAACAGGAAGUUGAGAACAAUACAUCUGAAUUGGUAUCGGAUCUUGUUGACUUGUCAGCCAGUGCCAGAAUUCAAGCCAUACGGUCCUUGCCUAUGUCAUAUAAUGAAAGGAGAAGAAUCAGGAGCAGAGUGAUCUCUGUCAAACUCUCAAAGACCAUUCUCCCUGUGGACUGUAGUCAGCAGGUCUUGCGGUCCUUCCGCAGAUUUGGUGCUACCCUGGCAUCAGCCAGGCAACAUUUGGUUGUAUGGCAAGGCACUCUAAAGGAGAUAGGGGGCAGGUUUGGCACUUCUGUCCUCUCAUACUUCCUGUUUCUUAAAUGGCUGCUGAAGUUCAACCUCUUCUCCUUGAUCAUCAACUUCUGCCUCAUCACAAUCCCCCAAAUUGUGCAUGCACCCAAUAUUACUAGUAUCACAGGGUUCAGAGGUCUUGAGCUCCUCACUGGAGUGGGUUAUUUCAACCAGACAGUGUUGUUCUAUGGUGGUUAUAAUGGUGAGGUGAUUGUAUCCAGUCCAGCCUACAACAUGCAGUUGGCUUAUUUUUUCACUAUAGCUGCAUAUCUGGUGUUGUGUGGCGUGUCUCUUAUCUACAGUAUGUCCAGAUCCUUUCAGCAGAACUUUGUGUUGGAGUCAGGACCUGUCUCUGGAGGAGCGUGGCGUCUGCUGUGCAGCUGGGAUUUUAGUGUUGUCAAUGAGAAAGCCAUACAGAACAACAAGAACAACCUUGGCAUUCAGUUGAAGGAGUCUUUAUCAGAAAGGUUACAGAAGAACAACACAAUGUCUGUGUCUGACAGGAUAAAGCAUCUAUCUCUCAACCUACUCUCCUGGCUCCUCUCUUUAGGACUUGCCUUAGGCUGCUGCGCAGGCAUCUACUUCUUAGGGACGAAACAGUUGACAUCCAGGUUGAAUUACGGUCCAAAUGAUUUGGUUGCUGAGGCAUCUACUUUGCUUCUUCCUGUGGUCGUGUCUCUCAUCAACAUGAUUGUGCCUCUUCUCUACUCCCUAAUUAACAAAAUGGAGCAUUACACCAACCCGCGGGCAAAGAUUUACAUCAGCAUCAUAAGAAAUGUUAUUUUAAAGAUGUCCAUACUUGGAAUUCUUUGCUAUUACUGGCUGAAUUUUGUGCCUACGAGAAUCUCAUGUUGGGAGUCAUUUGUGGGCCAGAGUGUGUAUCGACUGCUGAUAACGGACUUCAUAUUCUGCCUACUUGGCACUUUCUUUGGGGAAUUCCUACGCAAUGUAAUUGGAACCACGUGUGUCCAGAGUCUUGGCAUCCCAGAGUUUGACAUUGCUAGGAAUGUACUUGAUUUGAUCUAUGCCCAGACACUGUCUUGGAUUGGAAUUUACUUCUCCCCCCUCCUUCCAGUAAUGCAAGUCAUAAAACUGUUUAUAAUUUUUUACAUGAAAAAGGUAAGCGACAUUAUAUCUCUUUGUCCUUGUAGCCAAGAACAUAUAGCGUGUACUGGUCUGGUGAGAACUUUGUCCUCAGUCUUUUGGUUCCUGUUUCAGAUUAGUCUGAGUAUAAACUGCCAGCCUCCCAAACACACUGGCAGAGCUGCCCAGAUGCAGACCGUCUUCAUUGCCUUACUCUUCUUCCCCUCGUUUGUGGGUGCGCUGUCCAUGGUGGCAUACACAGUGUGGAGUCUAAAGCCUUCAGAUCAGUGUGGGCCCUUUCAGGGGCUCGACACGCCCUUCAUGGCCAUUGUCAUUUGGACUGAUUAUAUCCGGAACCUCCCAGGAACCAGUUGGGUCUGGUGGAUAUUUGCAAAUGUGCUGAGAAAUGAGCUCUUCUACUAUUUGAUUACCCUCAUCAUCCUAGUCAUCACUUAUUUUCUGUGGCAAGUCACUCAGGGACGGAAACAGCUAAUCAAGACUCUGAGAGAGCAGAUUGUAAAUGAAGGAAAGGACAAAGCCUUUCUCCUGAGUAAACUACAGAAUAUACAGAAGCAGAAAAGGGAGAUCACACCAUUCAGACCCCAGGAUUUUGACCAGGCACCACAUUUCAACUCAAGCUGGAUGAAUACUCUCCCCUUGGACAUGUGAUGACACGUUCUUCUCAGAUUAUUUUAUUCAGUACUUGCCUUUUUCUGUAAAUAUUGUAUAACACUGCUCUUUGACGUAACCUAUUCAGAAAGUUCUAACUGUCAUUGGAUGGAAAGUGGAAUCAUUUGGAAACAUCAACAGUGAUGGCACAACAAUGAUAUUUUGUUCUUGUUCAGCAGGUGACAGUAUUUUUCCUCAUGACACUUGGGCAAAUUACAGUACUAAUCGAACAGUUUGUCAACAUUUUACUUUUAAUAAAUAUCCUUAUACAUAGGUGGCACAGUUGUAGCAGACUGUUGUUUCUGAAAUUUAAAAGUGUUAUCCUUGUAAAUAUUAACAAAUAUAUAUUUUAAUAAAUAUUUAAAGUGUUGUUGGUGAUGAGUAUGCUGAAUAAAAAGAACUGCA